GUGUAUUGUGUUAGAGCUUGGGUUUGAAAAAAAAGUUACGUUUUUAUUUUGACUUCCAUGCAGCCAUGGCUUCAACAAAGCCAUACAUUGGCUGUAAAAUAGGGCUGAUUUCCAAAGCCCAAAAUCGAUAUGAGGGCAUUUUGUAUACACUUGAUAAAAUCAACUCCACAGUUGUGCUGGCAAAUGUGAAGUGUUUUGGAACAGAAGGACGGCCCACUGACAGGCCAACGCCAACCAAGGAGGAUGUCUACGAGUACAUAACUUUCCGUGGAAGUGAUAUCAAGGAUAUCGCAUUGUGUGAAUCUCCAAGAUCUUACGGCCUACCCCCAGAUCCUGCAAUAAUUCAAUCAUCCAGCGCAAGCUCCUCGAGUGUCUACCCAGGACUUGGACGGUUCAGCCCUCUAGGGAUCCCCUCCUAUAACCAGCUUGCACCCAACUCCCUUCUUAACCAACAGUACGUGGCUGCCGCUCUUGGUCUGGGGUCCGUGCUUCCAGACCUGCAUGCUAGACGACGCCCCAUGGUGGAAAAAGCUGUUCAGACUCUUCAGAUGGAAAAAUCUGAGCAAAUAAGAGGUUUGACAAUGUCACAGGAGCAGCAGUGGAGCAGCAGGAGACCCCAGAGGAACAGGAGAGGGGCCUCUCCUACUCAAAGGGAUGCUGGGUCCACCAAAAAUUCAGGCCCAGGUGUGAGCACUUAUCAGCAGGAACCACCACAGCAGAACACUGAAAACAGGCCACCACACAGAAGAAGGCAGGGAACGCGGAGACGCAGGGGCCGAGGUAGAGGCCAGCCAAUGGUGCCCAAGGCUCAAACUGCGAUCCUCAAGUUUGACUCUGACUUUGACUUCGAUUCAUCAAAUGCACAGUUUAUGAAGGAGGAGCUUGAGCGAGAGGUGAUGGAGAAGGCAAACCUCAAAGAUGAAAAUGAUGAGCCGGAUAAAUCAAAAGAGAAGACUCCUGCACAUCCAGAGGAAAAUGGUUUGGUGACAAAAUGCUACUACAACAAAGCAAAGUCUUUCUUUGACAACAUCUCGUCUGAUGGGCUCAGUUUCAGGUUGACGUGGGCAGAGGAGCGGAAGCGAAAUCUGGAGACUUUUGGAGUCACCGGUCGGUUCUUUACAAGUCCAGGCUUCAGGGGUCCAUAUGGUGGACGAAGAGGACGAAGUGCCAUUCAGACACUUUAAUCCUGAAUGAACGUCUGGUCUGACAAAAUGAUGUAUCCAGUUUCUAACGAGAGUAUGAGCUAUAUAAUUUU